AGCGCUUCGAAUGCACGCACACCUCACUGCAAUCUGCAGAGGGACCGGCCCCAGUUCCCGCCUCUAAUCAUCCCGUCUCCUCCCUACAGGCUACGAGGUCCCCUCUCCCCACUUGCCUUCAACGAUCAUCGGUCUACGCAGUCGCAGUACCGUCUUCCCUCCCUCCACUUCUCUUCCCUCACAUCGCUCUCAUCACUCCCUCUUUGCGACAGGCGCCACAAUGUCGGCUCUUCGUCCAAACCACAGGGAAAAGGCCCUCCCCAAGAAUCUGAAUGGCCUUAUCGACCCGACAAAGACGGGAAAAUACCCCGUCAUCCUGAGCGACACUCUCCUCGGGCGCACCCAGAAAGAGGUCUUUACCUCUGUACGAUACAAUCAUAAGCCAGAACUCGCCUCAGAGCCAGCGACAGCCAGAUUAAAACCCGAGACUCCUGGCAGCAAGUCCAGCUUCGACCUCUCCUUUCCCGACGGCAACAAUGGCAUGUACGGCUACGCCGGUACUCGUACUAUGGACGAUAAUCAAUACGUCCUCUACUUCGAUCCCAACAGGAAAGCCUUCAUCCUCGACAAGGUCGAUUCCACCUUCCACAUGAACGUCACCCGCACCCCGACGAACGAUAACCCCGAGACUUUGCGCCAGCAGUUCGAGCAGCUCGACACAUCCAUAACCGCCACCCCUGAGGUUCGCAAACCCGCCACCGCCGAAGCCAAGGACAAGGAUAAGUCCCCCGCGAAGCCAGUAUCCAAAGCCACCGGUCCCAAGCGCCCCUCGGCCAGCAGCAACAAGAAAGCCCGUCCCCCGCCGCCGCCGAAGAACAUCACCCUCGCCCUACCGACCAACGACGAGGACGACGACGAUGACGACGACUUUGGCCUGACGAUAGAGUACCCUGACGAGCAGAAGAACAAGAGGGCCGACUUCUCGCCCGCCUUUGCGCCCAACAUCCAGGUCCGCAGCUUCUCCGACUUUUUGCGCGACUCCGAGGCCGACGACGCCGACGGCGAGUCGGACCUGGAAGAGCGCGAUUUCGCAAACUUUAACCUGCCGAGCCCGAUGAACGGACAGCAGCGGCAACAGCAACAACAUCACGACCAGGAUGAGGAUGCCGAGGGUGAGGUGGAGCAGAUGGACGUUGACUCGGAGCCCGACUUUGAGGAUGCGUUGGAAGACGAUUUGGAGGCGGAGCUGGAGAAGGAGCUCGAGGCUGCGAAUAGCGGCGACGCCGAGGAGAGUGAGGUCAGUGAGGAAGAUUGAGGUCGCCGCCAUCCUGGUGGUCCUUUUGCUUCUUUUGAUGAGAAGGA